AUCCAGGCCGUCCGAAUACAGCGCGACCCAAGUUAUGCCUGUGUCGUGGGUCGUCCCCGUCCUUUCCCCGGACUGACUCUGGGGUCUGGGGUUUCAAAUGCAAAAACAUCCCAUGUCCGCAUGAUAUGUGGUCUGACCUUCUACAUCAGAGACGCUUCCCUGCCGUACUCGUGAGGUAGCAUUACACUUUGAAUAUUAUGGCCGAAGAAGCUGCGCGGAAAGAGAUGGGUGAUAAGACUGAAGAGAUUGAGGCAGUCCCUCGACAUAGCGAGGUGGCAGUGACACCCGCGGAGGGCAGCGAGGACAUCGAGGAUGACCCUCAUCGAGCUGCCCUCGAGGACAAUCCUGAGACCCCCCAACGUGUCACUUGGUCCACGAUCAUGGCCGUCUUUUUCAUGGGCUUGUCCUUCUCAGGAUGCAUUUCGACUGCAUUCCUUCUGGCCUCGUCCAUUCUGGUCCCGAUCGGAAGCGCACUGGGCGAUUUGGAACCGAUCAGCUGGAUUGCCUCCUCUUGGGCUGUCACUUCAGCAGUUAGUAUGUCCCUUGGAGGUGGUUUGAGCGACAUCUUCGGCCGUCGAUACGUUAUUAUGGCCGGACAAGGUCUCAACAUCGUGGGAGGAAUUGUCGCUGCCACCGCUCAAACCACGAAACAUGUGAUUGCUGGGUCUGCCAUUAUUGGCUUCGGCGCCGGUCUCAUUUUUGUUGCCUACGCCGGUAUUCCCGAAAUUUUGCCCAACAAGUACCGUGGAAUGGGUUUGGCAUGGACUGAAUUCUGCAUUACUAUCCCAUGGGGUCUGCUCGCCACUCUCCUCGCCAACCAACUCAACGAACACGCGACGUGGCGGUGGGUAUACUAUCUAUCCAUCAUCUAUGCGGCGGUUUGUCUGGUCGGAACGGCCAUCUUCUACUUUCCGCCAGCUCGCCCACGUAAAGACUACGACAAGACCCGCUGGGAAGAAUUCCUCGAGCUGGACUUUGUGGGCUACUUCCUCUACGCUGGAGGCUUGACUGUUUUCCUCAUCGGAAUGAGUUGGGCUGGCGAGGAAGGCCACGCGUGGCACUCUGCCUCUGUGGUUGCGCCAAUCGUCCUUGGAGCCUUAAUCUUCAUUGGCACAUUUGUCUACGACUGGACCAUGAAACCGAAGCUUCCACUGAUGCCGCUCCACAUCUUCCGCAUGGUGCGGGAAUUUACCAUUCUAUUGGUUGCGCUUUUCGUCUCAGGAAUGGUCUUUUUCGCCAUGGUUUCCCUGCUGCCUCAAGCCACCGAGUCGGUCUACGACAGCGAUCCGAUCAAGCUCGGAGUCGCCUUGAUUCCCAACGGUGUGGGCCAAUUCAUUGGAGGGGCCGUUCUCCCUGCUUUGAUUCACAAAAUCAAGAACAUUCGAGCUCAGAUUGUGUUCGCGCUCUUCCUACAGACCCUGUUCUCGGCCUUGUAUGCUUAUGGUAUCAUUCCACACCACAAGACCGCAUGGGUCAUCUUCCAGCUUUUCGGCAUGAUGUGUUUCUCAUGGAUCACUCUUUGCUCAUACGUCGUCGCUGGGCUUCAUGUGCCACACAAGGAUCUCGGGAUUGCGUCGGGGUUGGUGGGAACUUUCCGCAAUACUGGAGGCAGUGUUGGUAUUGCUAUUUUCAACACCAUCAGAAACGGCGUUCUCAACAGCCAACUCGUGCCACGCAUUGUGAAGGCAGCGACAGCCAACGGAUUCCAUGGCGAUGCAGACGCGGUUGAAAGUCUAGUGACAGCUGUGUCGAAUAACGCAAAGGGGAUUCCUGACGCCUUUGCGAAAGUCCAAGGUGCCACUCCUGCUCUCAUCUCUGCAACUGCGGAAGCCUACAAGUCAGCAUACGGAUACGCUUAUCAGCGGGUCUUUUACAGCACAAUUCCCUUUGGUGUGAUUGCGAUUAUCACCGCACUCUUCAUCAAGGACGCCUCGGAAUACUUGACAAACCACACAGCAGUGCACAUGGAAAAGAAUAUUCUUGGGGAAGGCCACCACGAUAACAAGGCUGUGGAUCUGGAGCAGCCGGAGAAGACGGCAACGUAACUUACCAUCGGUCUUCUAUUCGGGGAGCAGACGCCUGGUUAAUGGGGCUCACUCUGCCAAGCGCCUUUCUGGCGGCAGCAGUUAUUCCGGUACAAGCCCGUAGGGUGUCCCAGCGGUCUGGAUAUGUACUAGGGGAAGGACUU